AUGUUAGCCAGAAGAAUUGGUACCCGUCUUUUGCAGACACGUGGACUCUCUAGAAUUCAGUUGUCCACUACGGCAACUUCAUCGAUCCUUCGAAAAUGUAAUACUCCAAUGGCGAAGAAAGAUUCUCGACAAGUUCAUGCAAUUCCAGGAACUUCGACUGUUGUUCCAGAACAGGAAAUUUCUAUCGCAACUAUGGUUUCAUCGAUUUACGAUCAUGUGAAAAGAUGUCGUCCCGAAGAUUUCACUGAAGAAGAUAAAAAGAAGAAACCUCUGGAGCCACGCACCAUUACAAAUAGUUAUCGCAAAUUCGUGAUCCCAUUGAGCACUGAUAUCGAGAAACAAAAAGAAUAUUUGAGUGCAAUGGGAAAUGUACGCAUUGGGAAGAUUCUGGAAGACUUGGAUCAUAUGGCUGUUCACGUGGCGUACAUUCAUAAUUCUGAAAAUGGAUCUCUUGAGGGACCGAUGACAUUACCACGUACUAUUGUCACUGCAUCUGUGAAGAGAAUUGAUUUUCAUAAAGAAGACAUUCACUCGUCUAGAGAUAUUAUCAUAGAUGGACAAGUCACUUAUGCUGGAACAAGUAGCAUGCAAAUCUCGAUUCGUCUUUUCCAGAAUGAUGAGAAUGGGAAUAUGGUUCAUAUUCUGAAAGCGGACUUUAUUAUGGUUUCGCGUGAUCCGUUGGAUGGAACCAAGAAAGUUCGAGUGCAUGGACUGGUGGCGAAGACUCCAGAUGAGGCGGAGACAAUUAAUCAAGCAAAGGAACAUUUCAAGACGAUGAGCAACAAAAAUGAGGAGCCAACGAAUGACGAAUUCAGAUUGAUUCAUCGCAUGUACAACAAACUGAUUGGCAGAAAUAUGGUUAAUGAUAUUCCAGUGUUAACUAAUUCUGAAAUCUGGAUGCACAAAACAAAGCUGUCGGUGACUGAAAUCUGUUUCCCCGAAUAUCAGAAUAUGUAUGGGAAAAUUUUUGGUGGAUUUUUGAUGAGAAAAGCACUCGAAUUGGCAUACACAAAUGCGAAAAUGUAUUGUAAGGGAAGAGUUGCAAUUCGGUCGAUGGAUCAUAUCGAGUUUGCAAAAGCCGUUGAAAUCGGACAUGUCCUUCAUUUCGAUUCAUUCGUCACUUACACGGAUGGAAAGUAUAUUCAAGUGAAAGUAGCCGCAUCGAUUUCAGAUCAGAAUAAGUUGCCUGAGCUUGCUAAAAUGAACAAUCCGACACUUGGACAAGAAGCUCGUGUCAACACAAAUGUCUUCAAUUUCACCAUGGAAAGUAUGGAGAAUCCAGAUGUGUUGACAGUUGUUCCGAAGCAUUACGUCCAUGCGACUACGUAUCUUGAAGGCCGACGUCUUCUGAAUAACACUCUCAAAAGAAUUAUCAACUGA